AUGAAGCUCUUCUCUCAAAUCGUGGCUGCUCUGGUACUGCUCCCAGGCGCGCUCGCCGUGGAUCGCAAGGUGUCGGUUAUCAUCUCCUUUGACGACCCAAACACUCCCGAUGAUAUCGUCGCCGCAGCGCGACAGAAGAUUAUCGAUGGCGGCGGUCAGAUUACGCAUGAUUACCAGAUAAUCAAGGGCUUCUCCGCCAUUGCGCCCGAGAAAUCACUCGAAGUAGUGCAGACUUUUGGAAGUGAUCACUCGAUCAGGGUGGAAGAAGAUCAGGUUGUUACCGCCAACAGCGGCUAA